AUGGCAGCUUGUAUGGACUCGGAACGGACGGGCUUGCGGGAGAGUCCGGCUGGUUCUGCAGCGCUGGCGGAGAAGAAGGUGGGGAAUCGGGAAGAAACUCUCCUCGCUGAAGUUGCGGAAAAUAGCGUUUUUGAAUGUAAAGACAGAGACGUCGACGGCGAGUCUGCGAAAACGGGAGAUAAUGAGACGUGUGAUGAAGAACUAGAACAACAAGAAGAAGGAGCAGAGGAAGGGGUCCAUAGAAAACCAGCUGAUGACGAGCUGGACCCUCGAAUACAGGAGGAGCUGGAGCACCUGAAUGAAGCCAGCGAAGAGAUAAAUCAACUUGAACUGCAACUAGAUGAAGCGAGGUCGAGCUACAGGAAGAUUCUUACUGAUUCAGCCAGGAAGCUUAAUGCACAAAGCUCUCAACUGGGCACCUGCAUUGAGAAAGCAAGGCCGUACUAUGAGGCACGGAGAUUAGCUAAAGAGGCCCAGCAGGAGACCCAGAAGGCAGCGCUUAGCUACGAGAGGGCCGUUUCCAUGCACACUGCUGCACGGGAGAUGGUAUAUGUAGCUGAGCAGGGUCUUGCAGCAGACAGGACUCUGGAUCAAACCUGGCAAGAGAUGCUCAAUCAUGCCACAGCAAGGGUGAACGAGGCAGAAGAAGAGCGACUGCGGAGUGAGCGAGAGCACAUGCGUGUCACUCAGCUGUGUCAAGCAGCUGAGGCUCGAGUGCAAACCCUGCAGAAGUCUCUCAAGAGGGCCAUUGUCAAGUCUAAGCCUUAUUUUGAGCUCAAGGCUCAGUUCAACAACAUACUGGAGGAGCACAAACUGAAAGUAAAUCACUUAGAAGAGCGUGUGACUGAGGUAAAGAAACGUUACUCGAUCACUCUCCGCCGCCUGGAAAAAAUUAGUGAGGAGAUCCAUGCCCAGAGAGGAGAGGACCAUUCAGAGGAGGGCUCUAGAAAAGCCUUUGAUGCACGGAGUCCUCCCGUAGGAGCAGAGGCAGUCAUUAGUACAAGGACUGAAGAUGGACUCUAUGAAGUCCACACCAAGUCAAAUGAUUGGGUGGGUGGCCAGGGAGGUGUGACUAAGACCAUGGAGUGGGUGGAGAGACAUAGGGAGUCUGGCUGGUGGGAGAGAGAUAAAGAGAAAAUAACUAGUGGAGAGGUAGCUGGUUCUGACUCUGUCUCAGUAAUCAGUUUCAAAACCAUUGCCUCUGACUUGGAAAAGUGUGACUCUGUGGAGCACCUGGGCCAGAUGAGCGACACUGUCAGUCUCUCAGGAGAAGAGGAGGAGAAAGGGAAAGAGAAGGAUGAAGAGAAAGGAAGCUUGAAACACAAAUUGAACAAAAAGCUGGACAUUUCAGGGAAGGAGAAGCAGGAGCAGUUCCUCAAACAGCACCAGAGGAGUGUGAGUUUGUGAAUGGGGAUCUCCUGUGCUGAGCUGGAAGGGUAGGUUCAGUACUUUUGAAUAAAGUGGUUUGUCGCAUAUGCAGCAUAAUGUCAUUCAUCCCAGACUCUAAUCCCAUUGUUUGGGUCUGUGUUGAGUAAUAUAGUACAGUAGAGUCUUGUCACAAGACUACAGUGGAAGACUUUUUAGUCUGAUUUAAAAAGACAUUUAGUCCAGUUUAGGCUUUGUGUCUAGAAAAGCAACCCCCAAAGGUCCCUAAAUCAAAACAGCACAAGUCCCAAUAUGGCUAUUCAAGCAGUAAUUUACAUUUGAGAUAAUCACUUUCUUCUGCCUUUCUACUACUCUUGCCUUUUUACAGCCAGGUGCAGAUUAGAUUUUUAAGAAUCAGAUUAGAUAGAUUAAGAUAAGUAUGAUUAUUGUGAUUAUCACAGUUGUUGUAAUUGUAAAUAGGGUUUGAGAUUAACCCAGCCCAAGUCUAAAGAAAUGGAAUACAGUAUAAUAACCUUUGGAAAUAAUGCAUUGAGGCUGGGUGAUAAUGCUCUCAUUUUGGUAUGUGGGCAUUUGUUGUUUGUAACAAAAAAACACUUCUACAUUUUGACCAAUCUGGAAUGCACAAUAGAUGGACUAGCUGGUAGCUGAUGGGGGAAGAAGUGCUGCCUGUUGGUUAACUGCACUAAUUUAGUGUAAAAUUGAGUUUAAACAUAAACUGGCUGACUAAAGGUUUCAUGCACUCUCAGGAAAAAAGGUACUAAACUGUCACUGGGGUGGCACCCUCAAGAUUACAUCUUCAGUAUGUUUAGUUAGAGAGUAUAAUGGUAACAUAAAAUAUUGCAAUUAUAUUUUUUAAGUUGUGUUCACUCCAUAAAUCCUGUCUUGUCUCCAUGCGUUUUACUUUGUUGUUGUAAAACAUUAGCUUAUGAAAAGUUACAAGUAUGUAUCCUUUCCCUGGGAAGACGUAUGUAAGGUACACAGUUGGACCUUAAAACCAUAGUUGUACUUUUGAGGGUACAUUUACAUUGCUUAUACCUGGAUGAAUGAAAAAUGUGCCUGCAUAGUACGUUUAUUUCUGACAGUGUGUGGAAUCUUUGUUGACUAAUAGCUGGAACACUGUUCUGGCAAUUUUCAAAAUACAGAAUGCAGACCUAAUCAUCAGAAUAAAAGUUCGGGAUGAAUGACAGCAUCCUGUAGGUGUGGCACAAAGUGAUUUGCUUAAACAAAACAAGAAUAAUGAACCUGCCCUUAAUCUUCUGACACUUUUGCUUGACGCCAUUUGUUUCACCUGAAGUUGUAUUUAAUGACUUAAGCAGUGCUUACCUUGUUGCCUUUUUGACAUGCGUUAUUUUUGUUUUUAUAUAUGUAAUCGUGUGUGUAUACGUGUGUAUGUGUGUACAUGCACACAAAUACACGAACACACACAUCUCUACAAACAUGCUGACAGAGAACAUACAGGAGGUAGACAAAAUAAUUACAAACUGAGUUUGAAUGGUCUUAAAUAGCGAUCAGAAACAAUUUGCAUGUUACUAUUUGUAAUGGCAUUUACAGUGUAUUUCUGUAUAUACUUACUAUAUAUGGAUAUAUGUGUGCAUAUAUACACUAAGUGUCUGGUUCAUCAGCUACAAUUACCUUGGACAUACAUUAAUUGGCCUUUUUAACAGAAACUUACCGUACAGCAGAUAUUUGUAGAUAUACACUUAAACACUUUAACCCAUCUGUUGUUGCACAAUUUGUCUACCACCCUCUGCCCUGUUUAUUAAUGGAAAGGGACCAGCAUAGGGACCACCCCUGACCACUUUCAGACUAGCAGUGAAACUAACCUUGUAGCGGUAUGGUGGUAUGUGUGGGGCUGGUAUGAGUGUAUAGGGUUUUUACGUUCGUCACUGUUAUGCGUCACUGCUAAGUUCACAGUGGUCCAAGCCCCAAAAAUAUCUAGCCAGGACUAGCUCAGUGGUCAGAAGCUGACUACUAAUGAAGGCCUACAGGAUUACUAACACAAUCUGUGAAUCAAUAGAUGAGCUUCAGUCUCUAACUGUAUACCAGCAAGGUGGAGCUACAAAGGAGUGGCUGGUAAAUAUAUAAUACAUAUAUAUGUAUUAAAAUCGAUUGUGAUUAAUAUGCUAACAAUGCUAACAUGCAAAUCAUGAUUUCAAAUUGAAACAGAUUGACCAGGGUAGGCGGACACUUGCGUGACAAAGCUGCUAAAAACCAGUAAUUAGCUGCUACUGAACUCAAUUUACACCUCCUUAACCCAGACUAACUGGGUGUCAUGAGUUGUGUGAAGCUGAUAUUUGUGAUCUUUGCCAUUUGAAAACUGUCUAAGCAAGUUUUAGAGCUGUUUGAAAGGUAUAUGACAGCAUUCCAAGGACAGUUUUGAAAGCAAAGGCGCAUUUAUUGUAAUCAUGUUUUGCUGAUGUUUUUAUUAUUUUGUUUUAUUAUUUUUUAUACCUUAAUUCUUACAAGAUGGCUAUUCAAGCAGGUGUGUUUUCACUGACAAUAUUAAAAAGGUUUACAAGCAUUACUGUACCUUUUAAGAAUUAAAUUCAUGCAGCAUAGUACAUGUUCCCUGUUUUUUUUUUUCUGGAUAGGAACGAGGGCAUCCCAUUCACAAGCAUAAAUACACACGCUUUUAAACACAGUCAGAAAUAAUCCUUCUGCAAACUCUGACACAUAAAAAGUUAAUGUAAAUCUGAUCACAUUCAUAUCAGUGAUCUGUGCUUGUGUUUUCUGGUUUCAGAACGCUUGUCCAAUUCUGCCAUUAUCAUCCUUACAAAUGAUGUCUGCCUUAAAUGACUCUCUUAUUUUGUUGUAUUUGUUUGCUUGUAGACUGUAGACUAUAUUCUAACCACUGACUAUUAGAUUAUUAACCUGUAUAGUUUUAGUUUAAAUCUGUUGAAUAAUGUAAAGGAACUACAGUGCAAACUCAGUUAACAGUGGAAUUCAGCAUGCUAUAAAACAGUUAGUGAGGAUCCAUAGAACAUGCUUCACAUUAGGCUGUAAGCAUUGUUUUGCUUGAAUCAUUACAUUCACUAGAUCUUUUAUGAAUUGAUUUAGUAAAUGUAUUCAAUAUUGACUGCUUCUUUUUUGUUCUGAGGAACUGAUGAUUUUGCUGUAUUGUUUCUUUGCCUGAGGAUUAGCUUUGUAGAAACAGAAACUUUGUUCUAUUUAUAUUUGUAUAUUGUGAUAUUUUAAGUGAUGUUAUGAAUCAUCUGACUAUUGACAAUGCAGUUUUCAUGCUUUGAUUAUUUAAGAUUGUUAUAGUAUAUUUUCGAAUUGACUUUCCUGUCUGUAUAUGCUGGAUAUUUGUCCUUGUUUUUAAAUGUUUUCCCUGCUUUCUUUGAACAAAUUUUCUAUGCGUUUCAUUUUGAUUGCCACUUCUGUGACAGAAUUGAAGGAUUGUUCUCUAUGAAGAUGUGCAUGAAGGUUGCUUAUGCAGUGUCUGAUGGAACAAUAAAUUACUUGGCUGUGUAAA